GAGGCUCCCUGGGCAAGACGGCGACACGGCCUGUUAGGCGCUCCUCCCGGCAUUCCUAGGCCGAGGCGAGACGAUGGGGACGCAGCGGGGCCGAGCAGGAGGCCGGGGCUGAGGUCGGGCUCCGCGGGGGAACAUGGAGACGUGGCGUUGCGUGCGGAGAGGCUACGGCCGCUGUGUGGUGGGCAGAGGCCGAUACUCCAUGUUUCCCCAUCACCUGAAGAGUUUGGGCAGAGACUGGACCUCACCAUGGGAGGAUCUGCAAAGGUGUUGUUGGAGCAGACACAUUUCUAGUUGCAUGAGAUGGCCUGGACACUACUCACGAGCACCGUACCCGUACUUCAGUAGUCGGCAUUUUUCACUAAAUUGCAGACCAUCUUGUUUGUUUGAGUCUAGAACUCAGUUUCAGUACUAUAAUUGGAGACCUGACCACCUGAGCCAGACCUCCUUGAUUCAUCUCUCUAGUUACGUCAUGAACUCUGAAGAUGAGCCUUCAUCCAAACGAAGAAAACACCAAGGCGCAAUAAAAAGGAGUUGGGAAUAUUUAUGCAGCUGUAAUACAGAUAAAACAACGGUCCUCGAAGACAAAAAUGUUGACUGCAAAUGUGAAGACAGUGAAAAUGAGUUUGACUUUUCAGUGAUGUCCUAUAACAUACUUUCCCAAGACCUACUGGAAGCGAAUUCGCACCUGUACAGACACUGCCGGCGCCCAGUACUGCACUGGCGUUUCAGGUUUCCCAAUAUUCUGAAGGAGAUUAAGCACUUUGAUGCAGAUGUGCUUUGUUUGCAAGAAGUUCAAGAAGAUCAUUAUGGAGCAGAAAUCAGGCCGAGCCUGGAGUCACUGGGUUAUCACUGUGAAUAUAAGAUGCGGACAGGACGGAAACCUGAUGGCUGUGCAAUCUGCUUCAAACAUUCCAAAUUUUCACUCUUGUCAGUCAACCCAGUCGAGUUCUGCCGCCGAGAUAUUCCUCUGUUGGACAGAGACAAUGUUGGAUUAGUGUUACUCUUGCAGCCCAAAAUUCCCUGUGCUGUCUCUCCUUCGAUCUGUGUAGCUAACACACAUCUGCUGUACAACCCCAGGCGAGGUGAUAUUAAGCUGACCCAGUUGGCAAUGUUGCUGGCAGAGAUUUCCAGUGUGGCCCAUCGGAAAGAUGGCAGCUUCUGCCCCAUUGUCCUGUGUGGUGACUUUAAUUCUGUUCCUGGUUCUCCACUCUAUAGUUUCAUAAAGGAAGGGAAAUUGGAUUAUGAAGGACUUGCGAUCGGAAAGGUGUCUGGCCAGGAACAGUCUUCACGGGGACAAAGAAUUUUAUCUAUACCAAUUUGGCCCCCAAACCUAGGUAUCUCACAGAACUGUGUGUAUGAGGUGCAGCAGGUACCAAAAGUAGAAAAGACAGAUGGCGAUCUGACUCAGGCACAGCUGGAGGAAACAGAGGUCGUAGUGACAGCUGAAAAGUUGUCCUCCCACCUGCAGCACCAUUUCAGCCUGUCGUCAGUCUACUCACACUACUCUCCUGACACUGGUGUGCCAGAAGUCACCACCUGCCAUUCCCGAAGUGCCGUAACUGUUGAUUACAUUUUCUACUCUGCAGAGAAGGAGGAUGCCGCGAGGGAUCCAGGAGCCGAAGUUGCUUUGGUUGGUGGCUUGAAACUUCUCGCCAGACUGUCACUACUUACAGAACAAGACCUGUGGACUGUUAAUGGACUUCCCAAUGAAAACAACUCCUCAGAUCAUCUGCCUUUACUGGCUAAAUUUAGACUUCAGCUUUGACGCUACUUUGAUUAUACAUACAAUUUUCUUUCUAAUUUAUAUCCUUUUCAAAGACUGUAAAGGUAUUCUUAACUGUUUGCAUGCUGUUCAUUUGUGCUGUGGGGUUUCUGAAUUUGCUAUAUGCUUGAAACACCAGAAGAAACAAGUUUACAAGUUUUUUUUAAUAAUGAAAUAUUUUCCUGACAAUUGAUAUCUAAACACUCUUCAUUGUAAAAAAGAUGUAAAUAAUUUGUAUUCUGUAUCUUAGUAAAGCUGACACUUUUCAGAAUAUAGUUCAUCUUUGAUCCUCCAGAUAGGAAUUUGGCAAGCUUUGCCAUGCAAGCUCUAACAAAGCACGGGCUGCCGCCUUUUCAGGUCUGAGUUCCUUGGGAGAGAGAAGCCUGUGUUGAGUCCUGAUUAGUUCAUUUUAGAAAUCACUGGAUCUUCAGUCACUGGUAUCCGGGCAUUUUAGCUUCUGAAGAGGCUUGAUAAUGUUCCUAAAUUGUACAAAAUGCUUGAUCAAUCUUAUAACCGUCCUGAGCCAUGUGAUGUGUCUACAAUUUGUUGGGGAAAUAGUUGGAAAAUGUAGGUCAGUUUGAUAAGAGGACAAAACCCUUAGCCAGAUGUAGUGGUAUACACCUAUAAUCCCAGCACUUGGGAAAUGCAGGCAGGAGGAUUAAUAGUUCAAGGCCAGCUUCUGCAACAUAGUGAGUUUGAGGCCAGCCUGGGCUACAUGAGACCCUGUCUCAAAAACAACAGAAAAAGAGGACACAGACCUUUAUGUGAACCCACUCCUGUCCUGCCACAGGGGUUGCCUCAAGAAAAGCAGAUGAGCCAGAUAUGGUGCUUGUUACCCUAGCACUGGGGAGACAGCAGAAGGACCACUACAGGUUCCGGUCAGCCUGGGCCACAUGGCAAGAUCCUGUCUCAAAAAGAAAAAGCAAAUGCCUUUGUCUCCUUACCAUCGUUUUCUAUCUGGUUGUAAUAAAAGAUUCCUGGGUUAGGGAUGACAUUUUACUGAACCAAUUCUGUAUACUUUUAUUUUAUUAGAAAAAGUGGCAGCUAUAAUGUUAUUUUUAUUAGGGCUCAGAAACGUGAGGAAGUAAGUUGUAAAACUCCAGGGUGAGAUGCCGGUGUGGAACUUGACAGCCUAGUAUUCUCUAAGUAAUUACUUUAACUGUUGGUUAUAAUUUGGUUUUCUUGUACAGUGGAACACCAAUGUGAGGGUCUGUCUACACUUUCUAUGAAAUGUUAGAGGCAGGUCUAAUAAAUCCUGUAGUUGACUCUAUGCAAGUGUUUGAAUAAAAAGUAACUAAAUGUCAGAAGUGGAAAUUUCCUCUGCUUCUCUUGACAGUAUUAUCAAAGACUUCAAGGCAUUUUUACUAAGUAGUCAUUUUACAGUAAAUAAUGUUUUCUACAGUGGGUUUUAUCAAUGAGAUGUUUUAAAAUUGGAAAAGAAAUCUUGAACUUUACAUUUUUAAGUCAUUUAUUGUAAUUUUUUAAACUAAAAUCGAGUAGAUGCAAGUCUCAGAGGAGGCGUGUAGACUGAAGACAUGCCGAGGGAGACAGUAGUGAGUGCUUUUACGUGUUUCUCACGUGUUGGUUUUCAUGUACAGUGUUGACUAUGGUUCCACAGUGGUCCACAAUCUUCAGUUCUGAUUUGUGGAGUAUUAAGCAUCCUGGGUAGCAGGCAUAGCCAUUACCAAAUUACAGUUAUCAUUGUCCCUUCUUAGUAUUAGACAAAGAAAAAAUACAGAGUGAACUUAUUAGCAACUGAUUUUAUUAUAAGCAGAUCAGUGUUAGCAAAUUAAUAUUCCUGAAAACCUGUGAAAAGUUUUUAUAUCUUGAUUAUUAUUAAUUAGGCCAUUUUAUGUACUUGGAAGUUAACCCGUAAAAUUGCUCUGUUACCUUAUCAAAUGUGUAAUUUUGUGGCCCACAAGGCAUUUCUCACAAGUUUUUAAACCUCCAAUAAAAAUGAUCUAUUUUUCUUUAC